AUGGCCAACUCAAAUCCCCUUUCCAAAGUAGAAAUCCCCGCCUCCAAUACCCCACCUAUCAUUCCACCCUCUUAUUAUCUUGGCAUCAGCUCACGAAGAGGUAAAUGGACAUCAAAAAUCUACAGUUGGCGUGAAUCUAAAACCAUAUGGCUCGGUACCUAUUCCACGCCAGAAAUGGCCGCCAUUGCUUAUGAUGUGGCAGCGCUCGCGUUCAACGAGGGCAAUGCGGUGUUCAAUUUUCCCUAUGCGAUACGAUCCCAUCCCAUGCCAAAAUCGACUUCAAUUGCUGAUAUUCAAGCAGCGGCAGCGGCGGCGGCAGAACAAUUUGGUGCGAGGUUUGAUGAUGUGGAUGCAUCUGAGGUGCCAUUAAAGGAGAUAUGUGAGUAUGUGGAUGAGGAGGAACUAUUCAAUAUGCCACAAGUGUUGAUCGAGAUGGCUGAGGGGUUGAUGGUGAGUCCGCCAAGAUUGGGCCUGCUGGAGUCUGAUGAGCCGCUAGAAAUCUUGAAAGAUGAUAAUUUAUGGAAUUUUGAUGAGUAA